CAGCGUUCGAAAAAGCUUUAUUUACAAUCUACUUCAAGAACAACCCGUCGUUUCAAAACAAACGAUAUUAUUAAACGGAAGAAAAGCUUCAUUCUGCAUGGGACCAAACAUCAAGUUACCAUAAGGGGUUUAUUAUAUCUACGGAACCAGCUUAAGAACUGUUAGCUUCAUUGAAAUACUGCAAAUCCUAUGGCAUCAGAGGAGAUGGAGGGUUUGUGCCCUUUACCUGAGGUAACGGGCAUCAAGGUGGAGCCAUCAGUCAGCAUUGGCUCAACAGAGGAUGCCAGCUCACAGAACACCAUGGGCAUAAAGUUUAUAUUACCCAAUCGAUUUGACAUGAAUGUGUGCUCACGCUUUGUGAAGUCGCUGAACGAGGAAGACAGUAAAAACAUCCAGGACCAGGUGAACUCUGAUCUGGAGGUGGCUUCUGUUUUAUUUAAAGCGGAGUGUAAUAUUCAAACCUCUCCGUCACCUGGUAUUCAGGUUAGGCAUGUGUACACGCCAUCGACCACCAAACACUUCUCUCCGAUCAAGCAGUCUACCACUCUCACUAACAAACACCGCGGGAAUGAAGUCUCAUCCACUCCCUUGCUUGUUCACUCACUGUCGAUACAUCAGUUGGCAGCACAAGGAGAGAUGGUGUUUUUAGCAAGUCGAAUAGAACAAGAGUCUGUGAUAAACCUGCAGGAUGAGGAGGGAUUCACUCCACUCAUGUGGGCAGCAGCUCAUGGACAGAUCGCUGUGGUGGAGUUCCUGUUACAGAGUGGCGCAGAUCCACAUCUCUUGGCCAAGGGGAGAGAGAGUGCACUGUCACUGGCCUGCAGUAAAGGGUACACUGAUAUUGUCAGAAUGCUGAUCGACUGUGGAGUUGACGUCAAUGAGUAUGACUGGAAUGGUGGAGCUCCUCUACUGUACGCGGUGCAUGGUAAUCAUGUUCGCUGUGUGGAAAUCCUCUUAGAAAGUGGAUCUGACCCAACCAUGGAAUCUGACUCUGGGUUCAACGCUAUGGACAUGGCUGUGGCAAUGGGUCAUAGAAAUGUCCAACAGGUCUUGGAGGCUCAUCUUCUGAAGCUGCUGCAAGGCAUCAAAGAAUAAUCAUGGCAUGUACAGGAAUAAAAGUGACUUCUUGAGAGUUUACUGUGUGUCAGUUGAUGAAGUGGACUACAGCACUUCAUGUGGUCGAAACAGACUUUAUAUUAACAUUUGAGGCCAACAUUGAAUGGAGAGCCCAACGCACAGAUCAACAAACAUGGGAAUUGCUGACAUGAGUGUUUUGAAUCUACUGAUAUAUACGUGGUUUUGUUUAGUCCGUGUGAUGUUUGUUUAGGUUACUGAACUUUACAUAGUUUGAAUGUGUACUUGAAAAUGUACUUAACUUGCCAUUCAAAGCAAAAUUAAGCUGCUUCACAUUAAACUUGACUGGUAUUAUGAAUGGUCCAUCCAUAAAACAAGACAGGCACUUUAUAAAUCAACCAAGUGGAAAAGAACAUGCUAAAAAAAUACUUCAUUCACAACAAGAGAUGUCAAAGUACUAACUCAACUGUCACAUUUGUUAUUACCGUUGCACCAGCAAGAGUUCCUCCUUGGAUUCUCUUGUCCUACAACCCUGUAAAUAAACCUUUAUUUAUACUGAA